AUGACUUGGUUAGAAACCUUACCUGAUGAAUGGUGGAAUCAAUAUCGAUCUAUAUUAUUUUCAUCUCAAUGUAUUCAUGAACUCAAUAAUGAACUUAUAUUUAUUGUUCGAAGUCUAAUUAUUGAAACACGUACUUAUGCACGUGCUUGUAAACGUUCUCGUCUUCUUGUUAAUGAUUUUCGUUAUGCACUUGAUAGCCGAAAUAUUCAACAAUCUGUGAAUCUAACAGAAAACGACAAAAAUAUAAUCUCUGUAUCAUCAAUUAUUGAUCAAACUGAUCAAUUAUUAUCUAAAUUCAAUAGACUUGAACUUACAAUUCAUUGGCUUGCUAUUGAUGGAGAACAACCGAUUAUCCCCGAAAAUCCAUCUCCAAAUUUUAUUGAAGAAAAGCAACAUAAGAUCAAUAAUAAAAAGAUAGUACCAUCUCAAUUAACUAAUACAUCUCCUUUAUUACAAAAACUUUUUGAAUUGUCAACUUCUAUUCAAAUAAAAGAUAAUCAACUUGAAGAACAUAUUCAUCCAUUAACAAAGAAUAAUUUAAUUACUAAACCAAAUUAUCCUAUAAAUCGUUCGAAUAUAAAUAAUCCUAUAUCAUCUCAAUCAUGUCUGGCACAUGAAUUAAGUUUAGAACAACAAAUAUAUUUUAAAAACUUGACUGAAUCAUGUUUUAAUGAAACAGAUAAACAACAAAUUGAUACGUUUCCUUGUCUUUCAACAGAUGCUGCUUUACAACCACUUGUACCUCGUCUUCUUCUAUUUAUUGCCAAAGGUAUUGAAACAAAUAUUCAUCUACAUGAUUUAAAUUUAAUUCUUCGAUGUUUAUCAAUAUUAAAAAUACUUACCACGAAUAGAUUCAUUUCAUUUGAUAAAUAUCUCCAUUCAAUCAUUCCAUCAUUAUUAACUUGUCUUAUAUGUAUAUUUGAUAUGACAAAAUCUAAUUCUUCGCUUUCCACAAUAACUCAAAAUAAUUAUUCAUCAAUAUGGCUCAUGCGAGAACAAGCUAGUGAUCUAAUAUCUGAUUUUAAUAAUAAAUAUUCAACAAUUCCUUAUCUUACGGAACGAAUUGUUUCUAUUAUUAAAUCAACUUUAAUUAAUAAUGACAUUAUAAUUACCUUCUCUAUUGUUUAUGCAUGUAUACGAACAUUACUUUUAAUCGAUGUUGAAAUAUACGGUUCAAUUAUAAAAGAUAUGCUACGAAAUUAUAAGAAAUUAGAAUCAGAUUUUGAUCUUGAUUCUAUUGAACAGCAGACAAUAUUCAAUCAGAAAAUCAAUGAAUUAAUCCAAAAAUAUAAUUUAAUUCUAGAAGAUAUUUAA